AUGUCCACUUCCCUGGUCUAUACCCCCGUCGAUGAGAUCCCCCAAAUCCACCAAAGCUUGAAGCAGGCCUUCGCUUCAGGGAAGUCUAAGGAUGUCCACUGGCGCAAGCAGCAGAUUCUGAAGCUAUGGCACCUUGUCGAGGACAACCUCGACGGCCUGCGCAAGGCUCUCUACGAAGAUCUUGGCCGGGCGCCGGAUGAAUCGGACGGCACCGAGCUGAACUCGAUCCUGCUGGAGAUCAAAAACGCAUAUGACAACGUAGGGAAGUGGACCCAGACCGAAAGGGCAUCGUGGCACUAUAUGUGGUUUGCCAUGUCUCCUGCCACGAGGAUUGAGCCCAAGGGCGUCGUGCUCAUCAUCACGCCCUUCAACUUCCCACUGUACUUGUGCCUUGCCCCACUUGCUGCAGUGAUUGCAGCCGGUGAUGCUUGCUUGUUGAAACCCUCGGAGGGCGCUCCGGCGUGCGCCUCGCUCCUCGCGGACCUAUUCCCAAAAUACAUGGACCAAGACUUCUUCCGCGUAGUCAACGGUGCCAUACCCGAGACCACUAAGCUCCUCGAGCUUCAAUGGGAUCACAGAAACAGCACUGUUGCGAAGGUUGUGUGCACGGCUGCCGCACAGCAUCUGACGCCAGUCACGCUUGAGCUCGGAGGCAAGAACGCCGCGGUCUUCGAUCCGCGAAUCUGCAUGUCGCCGGACUACGCGAUCGUGCCGGAGCACUUCCAGGAGCCGUUCAUUGAGGCAUGCAAGGAGGCGUACUACGAGAUGCACCCGAAGGACCCCAAAGAGACGGGCAACAUGGCACGCAUCGUGAACGAGCGCCAUGCGAAGCGCGUUAAGCGGCUGCUCGACAACACCAAGGGCCAGGUUGUCCUAGGAGGCAACAUCGACAUGGACACGUACUUCUGCGAGGCGACUAUUGUGAAGGACGUCAAGCUCGAUGAUAUCCUUAUGAGCGAGGAGAUUUUUGCACCGAUUCUGCCUGUCAUCCCUGUGAAGGACGUCGAUGAGGCUAUCAAGACCAUUAACAGCCUGGGCCACUCGCUUGUCCUUCAUGUCUUCUCGAGCGACUCGGCAUUCAAGAAGAAAGUCUUCGACAACACCCAGAGCGGCCUGGCGGUCGCAAACGAGACCCUUCUUCACAUUCAGACCGUGGGUAUUCCAUUUGGCGGUGUCGGCGCAUCCGGAUAUGGCGCGACGACUGGGAAAGCGGCGUUUGACCAAUUCGUUCACCGGCGCGGCUCGAUCGACAGUCCGUUCUGGCUGGACCCUAUGAUGCUCUUCACGCGCUACCCGCCGUACACACAACGGAACAAGACGAUGUCCAACAUGUUCAUGCACCCCAAGCCGCCAGCAUAA